CCCCGAGACGCGGGGCUCUUGCUGCCCUGCCGCCGCGCCACAAACCCAGACGCGCGAGGUGGAAGAUCCAUGCCAGGAGGCUCCUCCGUCCUCCCCCUCGCUCUCCGUCCUCCAAGAUCCGGGCGCCUCUGGCCUCCCCCGUGCUCCAUGGCUCUCCGUGCGAGGUCCACAGCCCACCGCGCCGACGACCAAGAAUCGUGCCGUCGAUCGACCGUCGAUCGUCCAGACCGCUGCUUCCACCUCAAUCGUUGGCUUCUGGCAGAUCCUCGUAGACAUCUAGAAGCAGAUCCUACUGCUACACUGCAGUACCCAACGUUGAAGGAACUGAGCAUCAUCGACAGGCUUGGCAUUUGUCCUCGGCUGUCACCAGAUUGCCCACCCGCGCUUAGGAUUUCUGCUCUGCUCCAAGGUAGUCUAAUGGAUACGUAUGGAAACAUCAAUAAGCUUUGUGCAGGAUCAUGUUCCUGAAGAUUGCAUGGUGGUGUUGAACCAGGGUCAGAGGACCCGGUUUGGCAAGGUACGGUGGCCGCCAUACCUUCAUUUUGUAACAAGUAACUCAGGUCUUUGACUGUUUGUCGCUGGCGCAUGGGAGCUCCAACUCCAACAUUCUGAGCAGAGAAACAGGGUGCAGGGAGGAAGAAAAACAGUAUUGGACUAUGUGAACCGUUGUGUGCGCUGAACUAAGCUGACGAAUGAGCUCUUUUUUGUUCUGUACAUCUAUGUUCUGUACCUCUAAGCUCUGUGCUUGAUGGAUUAUUACAUUUUGAAAUGUAUAUUACAUACUACUUUUAAUUUGAAUCUUAAUCUUUCGACAA